GUAAUUCAUCUUUUCUAAUAUUGCUUAUGCUUAUAUCCAGAGCUUGUUUUAUAACAACUCUUCAAAUUUUUCAGGGCUGUUUCUCUCUACGGAUUGUAAACAUGCUUGCUUGAAUGUAAUUUUACAUUUCUCCUUUACAAAUUUGUUAAAGCCGCUUUUACUGAUAUCGAGUUUGCCAAACCUAUCAGUUAAUACAUUUGGCAUAUUGUCUAAUGUAAUGGAGUCGGAUUUUUUCGUCUGCCCAUUCAAUCAUGAGGUCCUUAUGCUCCCUGGUUAAGAUUGGUGAUCUACCCACUGGUCUUCCGCUGCUCGUAGCUCUUUGAAUAUACUCCUGAGGAGCUUUGUUGUUCUUGGCCAUCCAGCCUUAUGCUGUGCGGACAUUGGUAUUAAGAUACAUCGCAGAAGCACGAACGCUCAUUCCUUUUUUCCUCGACAAGAUAAAAGAGCUUCUCUUUCUCUGCAUUCUUAUAGUGUUUACAUGCUUUCGUUCCCUUAUUCGUUUGCUUUUUGUCGUUUGGCGGUAUUUCAGUUUUCGUUUUUUAUUUCUUUCUCGAGAGGAUUUCAAUUGUGCAUAACGGUCGUAAUCAGUUGCGCUUUCGACUGGAUAUAUCUCGUUAUCAACCUCCCAUUUGAAACUCUGUCACUUUGUUUCUUUCAAUGUCAUGUCGAAUUUCCCAAACCCUCUUCAAAAAUAAUGUUUACCUUCUUAAAUAUUGUAAAGAAAGAGAGUUAAUCUUUUUCAAUUAUGUACGCUAUUUUUUUUUCUUUAUUUCUUUAAGACAAUCUACUCUAUGUUAUAAGUAAAAAAAAAAAAAAAAAAAAAAAAAAAUCAAUCAAGCAUUGUAGAAGGGUUUAAGUUAGCGAUAAAUAGUGAGUAUAUCAACAUAUAAACUAUGAAAAGAAGUUAUCGAAUAUCAAGAAGUAUAGUACAUAAUAAAAGAUGGCAAUAGUUUCUUAUUAAAUGUAUGUUCACAUCAUGUACAUUAACUCUAGUCAAUUUAUAGAUUUUUCUUUAAUUA